AUGGCCAAAUCACUAGCCUACUGGGCAUUUGAGACGUUAAACUCCAAACUCAACCCAAAUUCCGCAUCUAUCGCCUUGAAAGACUACAACUCGUCAUUGGGAGUAUCGUCCUCGGAUUACCCAUCCAAGGCACCACUUUUUAUUACUUGGAACAAGAAUGGCAACUUACGUGGCUGCAUUGGAACGUUUCUGAGCUCACCAACCGAGUCUGGAGUAGCCAAUUAUGCUCUAGUCAGCGCAUUUGAAGACCCCCGAUUUCCGGCCAUCUCAUCAUCGGAGUUACCUCUGUUAUCAGUUAGUGUGACCUUGCUAGACAACUUCGAGCCAAUUGACGACCCUAACGACUGGGAAAUUGGCGUUCAUGGGCUUAAGGUUAAAUUUAGUGCAAAUGGCAGACAUUACCUGGGCACUUUCUUGCCUGUUGUGGCAGAAGAACAAGAAUGGGAUAAGAAGGAGACUCUUUGGAAUCUCCUCCGCAAGGCAGGGUACAGUGGAGUGUCUAGAGCAGGAACUCUUGACUUCUACAACAAGGGUAUUACUGAGGGCUGGAUGGAUUUGACGAGAUACGAAGGCUUGAAAUGUGGCCUGGAUUACAAGGAGUAUGUUGCUGCACGGAAGGAAUUAGAAGGAUGA